UCUUCUGGUCAGGCUUGACAGAGGAGACAGGACUCGACUCCUAUCUGAAAGUCAAAUAGGCGCCAUAGAAGAGCUGACACACCAGGACCGUCCCUCUUGCAAGCAAAACACACACACACACACACACACGCCCGCGCGCGCAGACGCCCAAAGCUGCCCUUGUGUCAACAAAAUCUACUGCCAUGCUCGUUAGAUCCAGGAGAAGCCUCUGGACUACUUCAUGUCUCUUUUUUUCUACUUAGGAGACUACAGUUGUGGGAAAUAAAUGAAUACUGGAGUUAUCUGUGAAAAUACGGCACCUCCGGCAAACACUUGCCACACCUUCAGCCCUCUAACAGCCCUGCUAUCCAGCUGUCCAGAUGGGGUGCAGAUGCUGUAGCAUGAUAAAAAGUUACAUCCAUGACCCUACAGACCCUGUGGAAAUCAAUGGUAUGAAGCAGGAUCCUUCCACUAAUUCCUUAGUUUCUUCCUACCAAUGUCACGGUGAGGCACCUGAUGGGAAAAAACAAGGCUUCCACAACUUGGGCUACACCAGCAACAGCAACCUCAGCAAAUCCGACAUUGAAAACAAUCACAUAAACCAGGCUAGAUCGAACCUACCCCAGUCAGCAGGGGGCAACUCUAGUCUCUAUAUUUUACAGCCAGACGGAGGCACCUCUCCGACCGUUCCUAGUGCUCCACCCUUAUGCGCUAUUACACCAUUAGGUACAGAAUCUGGGAAACAAACAGAAAGGUUCCGAGAUUCGGGUCUGGGAAACGGGUCUGAUGGUUAUUUGUGCAGAACAGACCAGGAAGAGGAAGGAAGAUAUGGAGCAAGGGACACGGCAGACGAGGAGAGCGUCAUAUCAGUGGACAUCCAUACUAGCAGCACCAGCCUCUCCUCAGCAGACACCAAGCUCAUGAAAGCAGGGUCGAAAGAAAAAGACAUAGAGGACACCGUGAGCGUCACAGACUCUAUGGUGGCGGAAGCACUCGCCGCCUUGGAGGCAGCCACUGCAGGGGAGGAGUAUGAGUAAGAACUGGAGCUCACCACCUGUCAUGGCACUAGGACCUGACAUGAAUAAAUACCAUAUAUGGCCAAAAAAAAGAUAUUUUUCCUUAUAUACGUUUCAUUCACAAAAUCUUCAUGAAGGAUAUUUUUAAAAUGAAGUUUUUAACAGACUCCUAUAUGUUUACAGGUCAUACUGUAUAUAAACUGAAGAUAAUAUGGAUAUAUUCUGCCAAGCAUUUUGGUAGCAUGGAGUGUAUGGGCUGUUACUUUCUGAACCUUUCUCUGUGCCUUUUUAUAGUCUAUGCAAGUCCAUACUACUGUGAUAAGCAUCCACUUACUAUUUUAGUUGACAAUAUGCAAUAUUCUCCCUCUAAUUUCCUGAUGAUACUAUAAGCCUGAGAGGGCAGAGACACAGCUGUAGCAAGUUACCAUGCAAAUGUCCAGUAGGCUUAUAGAAAUAUAUAUUUAUAGAUAAAAGACACUGGUGUUCUUCCUUCCCAAAAUGUGAAGACCUUUCCAUGGAAACGGGGCUUUGACCAGGCACACCCUCCUUGUAGGGAGAGCUUUAUUCUCAAAAUUUAUGCUGAUAAAUCCAACACUGUACAAAUGUCCUUGUUGUCUUAUUUUGGUCUUAAUCGAUCAGUUCUAAUCCACCUGAUGUAAAUCAUACGUUCACAACUUUUUAGGCUUGAUUACUGACAUCUUGAUUCCACUAAUGUGUAAAGAAAGUUUCUGUUGACUUGAAGUGAGCAUCUGACUGACAUUCACCGUGAGUACUAGUUAGCACUGCCUCGCUAGUUACUUCACUAGCUUUUACAAUACCACUGAGAGGACCUGCGCUUCUAAAUUGGAGAGUGGAUUCAAGUUGGAAAAACAAUAACACGGUUUCCGCAUCCCCCAAGUGAAGGGAAGUGUGUGAAGUUAUAUGCCGAAAAAUGAAACCUACAUUUCAUUUAUUAUAGAGAAAACUGCUGUGGCUUUAUUUACGCAGUUGAAAAAGCUUGGGCCAAUGACAGUAGUUGACCUAAAAUUAAAAAACAAACAAACAAACAAAAAACCUCAGUUGUGAAACCAUGGUUAACUCAAUGAGGCUCGAGACUUCAUUUGGUGUCUGGAUGUGAGGAAGGACUUUGCAUUUCCACCGAACUAUGAAGAAAAAGCACACUAAAACACUUAGCUCAAGCUAGCAUGUAAAUAUGAUCUUGCGAUAUCAGCCAUAUUAGUUUCUCAAAUGCUACUUUUGUAAGCUUUAUGAAGGUUAAACUUUCAGCAGUAAAGGAUUCUGAAAGUGUGGAAAACUGUAGCCAAAAAAACAUUAUCUGUUGCAUAAUGUAUAUAUGUAAAUGCAGUCACUGUUUCUUUAUGAUAUUUAUUGUCUUUCAUGAUGAGAUCAAUACAGAUGUGUAUUUUUUUGUCAUUUUCAAAUCUGAUCCACUUAUUUAAUUUAACAAGAGACAAAAGAAAAAAAAAAAAAACAAUAAAGCACAAUGCCU